UGGACGUGUGUACACACACAUUGGAGAUCUGCGUUCAACUAGACACUUUCGCUUCCUACGAUCGUUCUUGUUCUCGAAGAGGCGAGUGAGAUCCUGCGAGACGGCAGAGACCGAGGGAAAGAGGUUUGACAAAGGAGAGAAGGAUCCCACGACGAGAUCUCUCGCGGCGUUUCAGGCGGUCUAAAGGGUGCCCGCCGAGAGGGUGCCGUGAAGGGAAAGGCGGUUAAGAACGUACACGAGUUUUCGUGUAUUAACGAGAACAUUAACGUUUUACGAGUGACGCCGGCCGCCUUGUGCCUCGGGGAGCCUUGAAGUCUCCUAAGGCCCACAGGCAUACGCGUGACCAAGGGCCAAUAAGUAUUCUUUCAGGUUAAAAGUUCGCUAUAGUUUCUAGUGCAGUAAAAAAAAAAGUACGGUUUGUGGUUUAUCGGUACUUUCUUAGUUUGUGUUGUGUUCAAGUUGAAAAGUUCAAAAGUUCCGCGCGAGUAAACCUGACCGAAAAACAGUAUGUAUCGUAUAUGUGACGGCUGAAGUUCGGUUUAAGUAAAAUAAAGUACAAAAGUUUUUGAUAAAAAAAAGUAAGAGAAAAGUUGUGAUAAAUAAAAAAGUAUGUUCGACGCGUUAUGGAUCGCGCGCGUUGUGCCAGCAAGAGCGAGUACUGCACAAUCUCUGAUCGACACAGGCUGAUAGAUAGUGUUCAGCAUGUCCGAUUCUGGUUCAGAGAGUACUUCCUCGGAGGGUUAUGAUGGAGGUAGAAAUCAAGUCACUGCCACAGAUGACGUAACUUCGUCACGUUACUCGCAUCACUCCUUCGGAUCCGGACGCAAGUCACUGGCGAGCUCAAUCUCCUCUCCGGGGGAGAAGUCUCCUGGAUCGAUGUUGACCGAUGGCCGGGACUCCAAGUCGCCGAGGUCCACGCCAUUGUCGCCGAAGUCGCCACGAUCCGGAUUAAUGUCGCCUAGCGAGGAAGGCUCGCCGAGGUCGAUCCGUAGUAUGUCCACGAAGUCCCCGCCCGCGUCACCACCUGCAUCGCCACCUGCGUCGCCGCCAGUAUCACCACCUGCAUCUCCACUAGCAUCUCCUCCAGCAUCUCCGCCAGCAUCUCCGCCUGCAUCGCCCAAGUCUUAUCAUUCCGAAAACAAUUCUCUUGAUUCGCCACGAUCAGACCGCAGCUCGUCUCGGUCUCCUGUUCAGGACAACGGCUCGUGUCUUUCUCCACCGAAUGACUCUAAGUCUCUGCGCUUCGGCGAUGCCGAGUCAAAAGCGUCCGACUUCGAGGUCGACGCGCAAAGGUCCGUCGACAAUUCGCCUAAGUCGUACUCGUACAAGAACAGUGAGUCCAGGCAGAGUUCACUAAAAUCGCCCAGAUCUGGGCCUAGCUCUGUGAAGUCUUUGAUAUCGCCGAGGAGCUCGCCGAAAUCGUACAAGUCUGGCCCGACAUCUCCCAUGGACGAUCAGGAGUCGGACAAACAUUCGCCGGCGCAUUCGGGUCCUCGAUCGCCUGAGGAAACGAAGAACGGCUCGUUUAACGAAUUAUUGGAUGGAGAACAGAUUUCGGACGGAGAUAUCGAAGACGAGCCGGAACCAUUGUCCAAGUCCAAGCCGGCGCCUAUGACUCAUGGUGAGGAUUUGUCAGACGUGUCAGAUCUUGAGAGCAUAGACGGCCUUGAAGGAUCCAACAAGCAGAAUGCGGAAGAAGAUAAAGUUGGAGACAAGAAUAAUAGAAAACACAUACGUAAUGAGGAGAACAUGGUAAAGGAAGAUAAGAGCGCUCCUGUUGGCUUGGCAGAGGAGAGCGAGCAGUUAGAUUUUGAAGCCGACGGUCAAUGGAAAGACGAACGUGAUGAAGGUGAAACCGAAGCGCCACUUACCAAGGACGCCAAGGAGCAUGCAGACAAAGAUGGUAAAGAUAAAGACAGAGAUAGAGAGAAAGCCAAGUCGAAGGAGUCCGGUGAGGUAAACGACAAAGAAGAGGGAGAGGACGACGGGGAGAAAGAGGAGUCCGAGUUGGAGGAAGGCGAGCUCAGUGACGGGGACGAUGCACGGCCGGAAGAGACCGAGCCGAGACCCGUGUGUCGUUUCUAUAAUCGAGGUCAAUGUACGUGGGGUGUCAGCUGCAGAUUUUUGCAUCCCGGUGUGACAGACAAAGGUAACUACACGAUGUUUGAUAUGAUAAGACCCAUGGCGUAUCCGCCGCAUAAUGCCACGCCACAUGAGUACCGAUCACACAUCGAGAGACCCAGUAUGGCACGUACGUUACCUGGUUACGGCGCACCCGCGCAUACACCCAAGGUGGAAGAGACGCCGACAGAGUCCGCGUGGGAACGUGGAUUGCGGCACGCCAAAGAGAUGAUGCGCAAAGCUAACAAACGGAAAGAAUCGGACAUAGAUUUCGAAGAGAAGAAAAUGAACCUGAGUUUAGGUCAGGAUGAUCUUGACCGGGAAGCGGGAUAUUACGUUAGAGCUGCCAGUCCUGAGCCACCUGUUGAGAGAUGGCCACAGCGAGAAGUCCAACGUAGUAGAGUGCCUCCUUCUAGAAUCACACCGGACAGGUAUAUCGAUGAGCCCGAGGGAUACUAUCCACCGCCACCUACGUCAUCAGAAUAUUACAGGAGGGUUCAUUACAAGGAUCGUACGACCGACUAUAGAGACCGCAUCGAUUAUCAUCCGAUUCCUCGUGGCACGCAUUCAGUUUCACCACCACCGCCGCCGCCACCUCCGCCACCACCACCAUCGCACAAUCGUGAACGUGAACGGGAACGAGAACGCGAGCAACGUGACAGAGAGCGCGAUUAUUACGAGAAGUACGAGAAGAAACACAAACGGCCGUCGCGCGAGGUAAUCGUGGAACGUAUAGCACCGACGAAAUCUUGGCGGGAGGAAGAACCGCCUCCUGUCGAGGUUCGAGGCAGAGGCGACGAAUGGGCUGACCCAUGGAUGCGACGCAAGUCCCCGAGCACCGUACGUCGCAACACGUCAUCCAGGCGUCCACGUCGGCAAUCGUAUUCUUCUGGCUCAUCAUAUUCGUCAACAAGUUCUAGCCGUAGUUCGAGCCGUUCCAGCUACAGUUCUUAUGAUUCCUUAUCCAGGUCCCGUUCACCAUCCCCUCCUUCUAGAACCCGAGCUGCCGGCAAAGGCAAACCAGCUGCGAGUUCGCCACCCUCGAAUCCUCCUACUGUUGCCGCUGCGCCACCUCAACGAGGUGCCAUGUUAAUGAAUCCUCCGGCUCCUUCACCUCGUCCACCCAAAGGUUCUAUUUCUCCUACAACCGGCACACUGCAUCGUCGAGCCGGCUUGAAUCCACCCGCGCCGAGUCCUCUCUCGUCUCAUCGUCAUCACGAGAAAACCAGAGAUAAGGCUGCGAUCGCUGCUGCCGCUGUUGCUAAGAUCAUCAAGAGUCGCUCUAGAUCCAGAUCAUCUCAUAGCAGCUCAGGCUCAGAGAGUAGCGGGAGCAGCAGCGAUUCGAGCGAAUCGAGCUACUCAUCAUCUUCUAGCGAAACCCGUAGGAGGAAAGGCUCGACACCUCCGAUAACGCGCAAGGAUUCCAAGAGCAUGGAUGCUCUGAAAUUGGGUGGUGCUAAGCAACAAAUCAAGCUCACGCUGAAGCCAGCGAGUAACAUUACGACAGUGAAGAAAAUCGACCGUAGUACACUGAUGGCGGGUAAGAAGCGGGGGCUGGACUCACCACCAUUGAUCGACAGUAAGGCGAGCGUAGCCGCGGCUGCCGCUAAGGCCGCCAAGAAGGCGAGCUCGCGACGCGAGGAAUUGCUGAAGCAACUCAAGGCCGUGGAAGACGCGAUCGCGCGUAAAAGAUCUAAGGUUUAAAGUCAAAAUAGAGUAAUGACAGCAUACGUUUCUUAACAUGCUGAUAAAUACGUACAUACGUAUUAAAUGUUUUUUGUAGUUAUAUUCUGUAAUUAGUCGUUGUUACGACCGCGAUCCUACAAAAGUGAAGAAUCAUAUGACGCUCAUUGGAUUGUGAUGGAUACACAUAUUACUGUUAAUGAAUAUUCGCAAGAUAUUCCUAGGUAACGUUCAUUUUAACGAAUUAUAAUGAAAGUUCUGAAACAUAACGAACUCGUUUUACAAAAAAAACGUAUGGAAGUCUCUUAUUCCAUAUAAUUUCAUGAUGGUCUUGUAGAACAGCUGAAAAUAAGAGAUUUGUGGUUUCGUGCUUCUUUUCACACUUGAGAAACAUUCAUGAACAUAUUUAAAACUGCGUGAAGUAUGCAUGUCUCAGGUAAAAGUUUUGUUAAAUUAUCAAGGGGAUUUCUACAAACAAUUUGAAGCUGAUAGUGCAAUCUUGUUUUUUAUGCCCUGCCAUCAAUCAAUAAUGUCAAAUAUCAAUAAUGUAACAUACAUUAUUAUAUAUAUUAUUGAACAAAAUUAUGUCCGACUAUAAAAAUGUUGGCUUUGAACUAUUUGCAAAAAUCCCUACGAACAUAUUGAACAACUCGAUAUUUAUGAAAAUUAAGGAUACCCUGAAAAAUGUUUUGAAAAAACGUAAUAUAUUGUUGUAAAGAGUACGAAAUGUAAGAUUCUGUUUUUUUGUUUGUGGCAAUUAUUUUACGAUUCAUUCACAAAAAGAGCAACGCGAUUGAAUUGAAAUGCGAAUAUUCAUUAUCAGCUUCGGUAAAAAGGAAAUGUUUCCAUUUUUAAAUACAAAAGUUACAAUUGUAUAAAGUAUUUUUUUUCUUUUUGCUUAUCCUAAAUUUUUCUUUUUCUGAGAUAAAUAGUUAACGAAUACAUGAUGCUACAUAAUUACGCUAUAUCUUCAGUUACAUAUGAAUUUAGUAACAUUCGAAAGAUUAUUUUGACAUACAAUGUCGAUAACAUUGUGAUUAAGAUCGUUAGAGAAGAAGGAGGAAUAAGUACUGCGAACGAUUAUAGGAGACACUAGAGUAAAUCUUGACUUUAUGUAUGAGUGUGUAUAUG